AUGACUGCAGAGUUGGCUAUUUGUUGGAAUGUUGUAUUUGAAGAAGAUGAUCAUCAGGAAUAUCUUUUGUAUUCAGGACAAAGUAUUACUCUACCUCCAUUAAUUCAUCCAAAUACAUGGACAGUCUGUGGAACACCCAUACAAUUUUGUGCCUCUUCAUUGUCAUCACCUGAUCUUCAAGGAUUUGAGGAAAGGUUUCAAACCAUAACCAUGAUGGAACUUUACUCUGGAAAAAGUGUGGAGGAGCUGCGUUUGGAGGAUUAUAACCAUAUGAAGAGACCAAAACCUGAAAGGUUAAAAAAAUUUAUCACAAGAAGUUUAGUUUUGAAUUAUUCAAGAGACCAUAACUCACCUUCUUGGUCAAAUUCAAGUGCUGAAAUGGAGAAUCCAAUCCCAAUGACUACAGAUUCUAUCACAAACAAUGCUCAAGAGCAACCGUCACAGAGCCCUCAUUAUUUCACCACACAACUAACAGCUGUUCCCAGAGAAGUGUCUCACCAAUCAGCUGAAGAAUCAGAGCAAGCUGUUUCAAUGGGAAAAGACCUCAUGCCCUCUCUGCAUUGGAGCAUUAUCAAGUGCAUGCAAAUCCAAAACUCUCUCCAUAAGUUAGUGUUGCUCAAACUGGGACGGAAAGCUCUCAGAUCUGAAGACCACAGAGACACUGGUUCUUAUACACCAGAGACCAGCCAUGCAGAAAGCUCUGAUGAGAAUCCAGAUGAUGAUCCAAGGGACCUAUUGUGUGAGCUUAAGGAUCCUUUAAUGGGGCUGAUGGGCAGUGCACAAAUUCAAAGAACUUUUUUUCAAAGAUUAAUCACCUUGAACUCAAUGAUUACUGAUGCAUCAGCUGAUUUAUCAAAUAAUAGUUCGUCUCCAGAAUCAUUACAAUUUGACAUACAGACCAUUUCUGCCAAUCUUGAGGAGAUUGCGCUUAAAACUAGAAUGCUUUGUCACUACGCAAGAAACCCUUUUACCAGCUUCCAAGUCAAAGCAAUGACUAGUAGGGAUGCGCUGCGAUGUGUAUGUCAGGUUAAUGGACCUGUAACCUCCCAGGUAGUCAGUAAUAGGGCGAGAGGUCAGCGGAAACUUCCUCAUGGACAUGGAAGCCUCAAAACUGUGACAGGGAGAUUUUUAUACAGAGGAGACUGGUGCAGAGGUAUGAGAGACGGUAAAGGGGAAGGCUUUAUUCUGACAGUACCACUAAAAAGUGACAGCCCAGAAGUCAAUGAACAUGGGUUUUACAUUGGUGGAUGGAAGAAUAACAUGAGGCAUGGUCAUGGAAAGAUGACGUUUGUAUCUGGUGCUAUAUAUGAAGGUUUGUGGCAGUAUGAUAAAAUGACAGGAUAUGGGAUCUUGAAGUUACCGAAUGGGACCAUUCAGGAAGGGAUGUGGAAGGAUGGAUCACUGAACGGCGUAACUCUUUUCACUUGGCCCCACGGUGUCACUGAGUACCGCGAAUACAAACAAGGCCAAGGUCAGCUGUCUACCGGUCAAAUUGACAGAGAAACUGUUUUAAAGCUUGCACAGAUGAGUUACAUAAGAUCCCAGCUCUUUUCUUUGGUUGAAAGCGUGACGAAGUUAAAAGACGAUAACUUGAACCUUAAAAGUGAACUGGGCUCUUUGAGAGCUGCUCAGGCAGUGUUGGACAGAAACUGCCAACUUGAACCUGGUCUUUCUGAAAUGCGCCAAAGUUUUGAAAUUCAACGCAAGCAGGUUUCUGAUGAACUGAGAAUAGAGUUCGAGCAGAAGUUUAAGGACGCAGAAGAGAGCAACAUGAAAAACAAUGAAAUAAUAAUCCAGCUAGAAAGAGAGCUAGAACAAUUUAAAGGAUCGGAAUUGUGCCAGAUCUGCUUUGAACGACAACGAGACUGUGUUAUUAUGCCUUGCACACAUCUGCUCUACUGUGGGAAAUGUGUGAAUGAACAUAAGAGCAAAGGUGAUUCCCGCUGCCCCGCUUGCCGCGGGCCUAUCUGUGGAGAAUUGGAAGUGAGGAAAAUGUAAGUGAGGGAGAAAAUGAAACUACUUAAAUGUUCCAAAUGGGCGCAAAGUUGAUGACUUUCGUACAAGCUGUUGAGGACAUCAUGGUGUCCCAGCAUGCAGACCGCGUUUCUUCUCUGGGCCUUGAGACUCAUUGAUCUUGGAAAACUUAGAGGAUGAAAUAGAAACAACGGGAAAAUGAAGUGGGUCAAGAAUGACAUUGCUAUUCGUGCCUUAAAUGACUUGAUUACCCCCUAGAUUUUGUGUCUGGAUGUCAGAAAAACCCUCUAUCUACGUUGGCAAAACCAGCUUUUUCGGUCUAUUUCCAUCGAACAUUAUAAACGAGAU